GUUUCAACCCAGGUCCCUGCGGGCAUUCCUAACCUGACCUUUCACCUGUUACUGGAUAACAACCAGCUCAGCUCGCUCCCUUCAAACUCCUUGUUUGGUCUCAGAGUGCUACACAAGCUCGACCUCUCACACAACCAGCUGACCCUUUUGGAACCAGGCUGCUUCCGUGAUUCAACACCCACGUUGCGCUUCCUGGAUCUGUCGUCCAAUAGACUUUCAACUCUCGAUCCGGCUGCCCUGGGGGGGCUGCGAGCCCACGCUAACCUCACAAGCAACCCCUGGCACUGUGACUGCAAGCUACAGGUGUCUAUGCCCAAGUUGGAUCUGGACCCCUCCUCCCUGGCAGAUGUCAUAUGUCACAGUUCGGAUGUUCCUGAAAUGGGUGGGGUGGGGGUGCCGUUUGUCCUGCUGGCGGAGGAGUUGGACCUGUGUCUCUCCAUGAGGAGAACCACAGACGUGGCCAUGCUGGUCACCAUGUUCCUGUGGUUCUCCAUGGUCAUCUCUUACUUGGUGCACUACGUACGUCACAACCAGGAGGACGCUCGCCGGCAUCUGGAGUACCUCAAAUCCUUGCCCAUGCCCCAAGUGCAACUUUAACCCUGGGUGGGUCGAUGGAUGGAUUGGUGAAUGGGUGGAUGGGUAGAUGAAUGGAUGGAUGGGUGGAUGAAUGGAUGGGUGGGUGGAUGGAUGGAUGGAUGGAUGGAUGGAUGGAUGGAUGGAUGGAUGGAUGGAUGGAUGGAUGGAUGGAUGGAUGGAUGGAUGGAUGGAUGGAGAUGAUGUAACUUUGCAUGAUUUCUCUUUCGAAUAUACCCACUCCAAUACAUCUAUCUAUUAGUUCCAGAAACUCCAGAAAUGUCUGAGUAAUGUAUAAAGUUAUAUACGUUUAAAGAAUAAAGGGUUAAUUUCCAUGAUCUGGGUUCAGGCAAGGCACUGUCAAAAUAUGGGCAACAUUUUAUGAAUAAUUUCAAUAAUACAUUUUGCCCCACCAAUAUGAAUUGACACACUUUAAAUAAGAGUGUGUGUUUGUGUUUGCAUAAACAGAAUAGAAUA